GAAAAGACGUAUAGAGAGGGAGCGAGUUAUUAAAAUAAAAAGUGUAAGAGUCAAUAGAGAGGGUGACACCAUUUUGGAUUUUUUUUGGGGAAAAAGUCAAAUGGAGAUGAAGCUUGGUUGAUUAUAGUUACCAAUUGAGUAUUUGAGCAGCGGAAAAGGAGUAUAUAUAAUAAUUAAUAGAAAGGAGGUGUAUAUAUGAGUGCCUGCCUGAAUCAAUAUCUACAACAAUUACAAGGACAAUAACCACAACAACAACAUCAUCAUCAUCAUUACAAGAAGACAAACCAUUGGAGAUGUUUCGACGAUGUUCCGUCACUAGACUAGCCGUCGCUCGGUCUUGGAAACACUAUCAAAACUGAAGCUUCUCUGUUACACCUGAAUCUGCGAUCAUCAUCAUCAUCAUCACAAACACACGCAUACAUAUAUAUAUAUUUAUAUAUAUAUUCAAAAAAAAGAAACAACAAAGAACUUGAUAAAAAAAAAAACCCCAAAAGAAAAAGACAUGUGAUGAUUCCCUUUACACCCCCCACUUAAUUCUCUCCCCCCCCCCAGUUAAUUAUUAUUUCGGUGGCGCCACAUCUCUCAGAAAGUCAAACUGUUUUCUGUUCCUCCACAUCACAUCAAACCUCUUUCUUCCUUUCAGUAUUGUUACGCAACCACAACCUGCAGACACACACACUCACUCACAAAGAUUUUUCUCAAUUCUAUAUAUUUUCAAUCAAGGAGAGAAAAAACAAAAGAAAUUUUUAGCAUUUUUGCAAAUAUUAACUCCUCACCGUUAAUAUUAUUAUUAUUAAUAUUAUUAUUACAGCAAACAUAGUUCUUAAACUGACAUUUUAUUUAGACAACCACCCCUACUCACAUUAAGACGCGUGUGUAUAUAUAUAUGUAUAUAUAUAUAUAUAUAUAUAUAUAUAUAUUUGUAUAUAUAUACAUAUGCUGUUAGCUAUAACCCCAGCAUUAAUUUAAGCUUUUGCCCCUAAUCCAAUUAUUGCCUCACAGCCCUUUUUUUCUCUUACCCCACCCUCCCAGACAGCUGGAUUUUCCAAUGAUUUGGAUUCUAGCAAACGCCCCUCAAUUGUUGUCCCUUUUUUCUCCCCAUCCUAGCUGGAUUUCCAAUGUUUUGGGUUCCAGCAAACCCCCAUUUCUGUGACAACUUGUGCACAUUUUAUUUAGCUUCUGGCUCCCACUGGUCCCAAGCUACAAACAUUUUUGUUAGUAUCAUUGCUACUGCCAGCAAAAUUAACUCUGCUCCUAUAAGCACCUGUUUCCGCGGGGCUUCCGAGACAAGUGAUCUCGUGCAUCACUGGCUGAUCCCGCCUUGGGCCACUGUUUUCCGCGACAUCCUGCUGUUACCACGUCUACUGCUUCUUCUACUGCAACCAUUCUUAUUGUUGUUAUUGCUGUUGCUUCUGAGUUCUGAGGAAGCUUGUUGGUUGGGUCAUGUUGCUAUAUCUCCAGUCCUUGUGUAGCUGUCCAAUAUGGUGAAAGAAAGGAAGGAGUCCUUGCAACCAGGGCUAGCAAACGCUACCUACACCAAGUGGAUCCUGGAGGCCAUCCGCAAGAUCAAACAACAGAAACAGCGACCCAGCAUUGACAGAAUCUGCAAUGCUGUCCGUCAGUCGCACAAGGUGAGUCGCGAGGUUAUCGAACAGCAUCUGGAGCUGUGCGUGAAGGAGGGCAGCGUGCUGAAGGUCUACAACAAGGGCCUAUGUUCCUACAAGGACCCGGAGCGCGUGGCGCAGCUCAAGAGCCGCACCUUGAAGGUCGGCCGGGGCACCGAGCUGGUGAAGCUGAUCGCCCGCUCAGUCAAGGAGCUCGGGGAGAUCGGCGGCUCGAGCUUGCACAACAUUGAGAAGUACAUUUGCCGCAGCUACAACGUCGAGCUGACGGAAGGGGUGAACUUGAAUCAGCAGCUGCGACUUUGGCUGAAAAAGGGGGUGAAGACUGGCCAGCUGGUGCAGGAUGGACGCCUUGUCAAAGUUGGUUACAACAGCGCCAGUGUAGAAUCCGAUUCUGUGGAAGGUAGCAGCGAGGGUGGCAGUGUAACCCAAUCACACUUUGAUGAUGAGACGUCAAUCAGAAGCGAGACACCAUUACUCACAUUCCCUACCAGGGCCUGCAAGAAGAGAGCGUUACCAAUUCCCCUUUGUAGCUUUUGUUUGGGAACUGUGGAGCAGAACAGAGAUAGCAUUCCGGAGGAAUUGAUCUCCUGUGCUGAUUGUGGCAAUAGUGGUCACCCAUCUUGUUUGAAAUUUUCCGCAGAUCUGACAUCGAAAGUGAAGAUGUUACGUUGGCAGUGUAUAGAAUGUAAAAUAUGUUCUUUUUGUGGGAAAUCAGGAAAAGAGGAUAUGUUAUUCUGUGAUUCAUGUGACCGAGGUUUCCACAUGGAAUGCUGUGAUCCCCCACUUCACAGAGCGCCUAAAGGUGCGUGGAUUUGUAAAAUCUGUGAUCCUCGGAGUAUUAAGCGGGGGAGAAGGGAGAGUGAUGUGGUGGCAAAGGUAACAAGGAACAGUCCAAAACCAGUCAGGAAUGGCAUUGAUAGAGUCAACCUACGACCCACUACAAAGAACAGUUCAUUGAGAUUCACUUUUGUAAUUUGUUUCUGUCUAUUAAUUGCUCGCUCGCUUCGUAUCUUUGAAGCCUUGUGGAAUACGAGAUCCCUUAAUAUGAAAAGAGAUUCAGCGGAGACCAACCGAGCAGCAGCAGCGGCAGCGGCAGCAGCCGCCGCUGCAGCGCUAGCACUGCCACCUGGGGUUACCGAGAAAGAUGUUGAUUUAUUUAAACGAGCUCAGGAAAAGGCUCAACAGGCUCUCUUUGAGGCUUCUUGUAAUGGGUCCGACAAGAAAACGUCUGGUAGCAGUGGCAGUGAGGCAACGGAUGCCGGCACCAAUAUGGCAUCGGGCAGCACAGCUGCAGCUGGGGCGGCGACCGCGACGACGACGACGACGACAACAGUCACCACGGCAAUCACUGCUGCUGCAAUGAGCACUGCGAUGCCCACCUGUCCAAGUUCACCCCUAUCAUCGUCCUCCUCCUCCUCCUCGUCUUCUUCCUCCUCGUCAUCAUCACACACACCUCCAGACACUCAGGGACGCUUUCCACCAUGCAUAGAGUUUGGCAAAUAUGAAAUUCAGACCUGGUACUCUUCGCCAUACCCUCAAGAAUAUGCCAGGUUACCGAAAUUGUACAUAUGUGAAUUUUGUUUAAAGUUUAUGAAAAGUCGGAGCAUAUUACAGAGACACAUGGAUAAAUGUGGUUUAGAUCAUCCACCUGCCAACGAGAUCUACCGUAAAGAUGAGUUGUCAGUCUUUGAGGUCGAUGGUAAUGUCAGCAAGAUAUAUUGCCAAAAUCUGUGCCUGUUGGCCAAGUUAUUUCUUGACCACAAGACUCUCUACUACGAUGUCGAACCGUUUCUAUUUUACGUACUCACCUUUAACGACAACUCAGGAUGUCACAUUAUUGGUUAUUUCUCCAAGGAGAAGCACUGCCAACAGAAAUACAAUGUUUCCUGUAUAAUGACAAUACCCCCGUAUCAAAGAAAAGGCUAUGGCCGGUUUCUCAUUGACUUUAGUUAUCUGCUGUCACGUGUGGAAGGUCAGCCUGGCUCACCAGAAAAGCCCCUGUCAGAAUUGGGUAAAGUUAGCUAUCAGUCCUACUGGAAGAGCAUCAUGAUUGAAUACCUGUAUAAGUCCAAUGACACCAAGGUCACGAUAAAAGCAAUUAGCCGUGCCACAGGUAUGGACCCACAUGAUGUAGCUACUGCUCUGACAGCCCUUAAUAUGGUCAUUAAAAAAGGGGAGAGAGUGGUUAUUUUGGUGAAUAGGAAACUGAUCAAAGAACACGUACAGAAGCUAAAGCAAAAACUGCAGCAACGAAUCGAUGUUGACCCUGACUACCUUCACUGGACCCCACUUAUCUCGACUCAGUUGCUCCUGGAAGAAGAGAAGAGAGCAGAGAAGGAGUAUGUGUCCGUGGUAGCUGGCAAGCGCAAGAAGACUGGGCGUUGUGGUUACCACCAACUGCCACAGGUAGCUCCUCGUGGUGGCAGCUCACGCCACUUUCGGCUUUCCCGUCAGGUAAGUAAAAAUCGAUCUGUUAGACAGAAAAAAAAAAGAAGAAAAAAAAACGAAAAAAAAAAGCCACAUGUGGUCGUUUUCUCAAAACAUUUCUGUCUGUGCAUCCGGAUUGAUUACUGUUAUUUUCAUUUUUCUAGAUCGGUUUGCUUCAAUUUUAGAUUUGAUUAAUUUUUAUCUUUUUAUCAUAUUUCUUUUACUUGUUUUGUUUUUUUGGAUUGUAUGCUUGUUUGUCUCUGUGACUAAGUCAUUAGAUUGCUGUUACGGCAAUGAUGAUGAUGAUGGUGGUGAUUCUGGUGAUGUUGGUCAUUGUGAUACACUAUUAUUGGUUCUUAAAGCCUCCCCCCCACUCAACUGUCUAUAGUUCAUCUUUCAUGAUGCUGUGAGAUUGUCACACUCUAUACACCAGUGGUUCCCAAACUUUUUAGAGACACGACCCACUAUUUAUUACACCAGUUUAUGGCAACCCACUUAACUCUACUGGGUCAAAACAUUAAUGAAAGAAGCAAAUUUAUUUCAGAUUACAUCUUCAUUGAGGCCUGUGAGAGGGCCUCAUUUAUAUUAAAUGUGAAACAAAACGUUUUAUAACUGUUUCAACGUCUCCAUACCCCAUGGGCAGGUAUUAACUCUAAUACAAAACCUCGAAGCAGUAACUGUUAUCGGCUCGAUCAGUGUUGUACUGCGCCUGUUGUCUAUAAAUAGGUAAAAACAGACUUUUCUCUUUCAUGAUUACGUACGAAUAAAUAACUUGAGAAAAUGACCCCCUCUGAUUUAAGUUCGUGCAAAAAGCCUACUAUUUCGACAGAUAUCAGUUAAUCAAAGCUAAUGCGUAAUUUUAUAACUUUUUGUGACCCACUGGGAUUCUGUUCAUGACCCAUGAUGAGCCUGUUUCUUGCUACGCUCAAUAAUAGAAUUAACAUCAGGUUCAAUGCGUGAUAAUUUCAGCCGUAAAGAAUUUGAGGGCUGCAGUUUAUUUCGAAAUUUGCUUUUAAUCCCAACCAUUGCUGAAUCGCGAUAGACAGCAGUAAAUCAAAGCUAAUGCGUAAUUUUAUAACAUUUUGAGACCCACUAGGAUUCCGUUCGCGACCCAUCAGUGGGUCGCGACUCAUAGUUUGGGAACCACUGCUAUACACUGUAUCGGUGACUACUGUGUAUAUGUAUAUAUGAAGUGGUGAGAAAAGAUCUUCACAUGUUGGGCCCCACAGAGAAGAUGACAAGGGAUCAAGGCUUCUGCCGGUUUGCUGUGCUUGAGAAAACAUGCCAAGCUAAUAAAAUUGUAAUUGUUGAUACAUACAAGCAUGUCCUUUACUUCACUCUCUGAGCUGAGAGAUCCUAGUUUUUCACGAUGCUGGUGCCACGUAGAAGCAUCUGUGUCUUUGCCAUGUCAAAAGCAUCCAGUCCACUCUGUAAAGUGGUUGGCAUUACAAGGGGCACCUAGCCAUAGAAAUCAUGCCAAAACAGACAAGUGGAACUUGGGCAGCUCUCCAGCUGGCCAGUUCCAGUCAAACUAUCCGACCCAGGCCAGAGAACGGAUGUUAAAUGAUGAUGAUGUACAAGCCGUUUUUAAUGCAAUUAAUUGCCCUUACUCGUGGCUUAGUGGUUAGGGUGUCAGCAUCAUGAUCAUAGGAUUGUGGUUUUGAUUCCUGGACCGGGCGACGCGUUGUGUUCUUGAGCAAAACAAUUCAUAAGGUGGCAAUCUGGCAGAAUCGUUAGCAUGCUGGACGAAAUGGUUAGCAGUUUCACCCAUCGCUACGUUCUGAGUUCAAAUUCCGCCGAGGUCGACUUUGCCUUUCAUCCUUUCAGGGUCCAUAAAUUCAGUACCAGUUGAGUACUGGGGUCGAUGUGAUCACCAGUCCCCCUCCCCACAAAAUCCAGGCCUUGUGCCUAUAAUAGAAAGGAUUAUUAUUAUUAUUAUUAUUAUUAUUAUUAUUAUUAUUAUUAUCAUAAGGCGGUGAGCUGGCAGAAUCGUUAGCAAGCUGGGUUAAAUGUUUGGUGGUAUUUCACCCGUUGCUAUGUUCUGAGUUCAAAUUCCGCUGAGGUGGACUUUGACUUUCAUCCUUUCGGAGUCAAUAAAUUAAGUACCAGCUGUGUACUGGGGUCGAUGUAAUCAACUAGUGCUCUCCUCCAAAAUUUCAUGCCUUGUGCCUAUAGUAGAAAGGAUUAUUGUCAUCAUCAUCAUCAUUGCUGCAUUGACAAAGCUCUACUGUAGUUCAGCUCCAGCUGGUCAGAUUUGGAUUUCUUACUGGUGCGGGAAUGUGAUAACAUGAAAGUACAGUGGUUGAUAUAUAUGUGUGUGUGUGUAAAAUCAACUGUUUCCCUUUGUCCAUAUUUUCUGGCCUGGUGUCUGUAUUAGAAACAUUUGUUAUUGCUGUGCUGUAGUCACUUUUGUUAUUGCGUGCUUUGACUGCCUUACCAUGAGUACAUUUCUGUGUACCUUUUUGAUCAAGUUCUGCGACUUUUUUUUUUUUUGUUUUUAGUUUCAUAUUUUCUCUUGUGGUUUGAAGUACUACUAAUAUGUGUGUGCAGUGCCUUGUAGAGCUAUUUUCUGUAUAUUGUGAUGACAUUAUUAUUAUUAUUUUUGUGCAUAUUUUUAAAAAUUAGUUUUAUGGUGUUUGAUAUCAAAUGUAAUUAGUGUGAAUAUUACUGUUCUUGUUAUUUUUAUAAUUAUUAUUAUUAUUAUGGUGGUGAGCUGGCAGAAUUAUUAGCAUGCCAGGCGAAAUGCUUAGCAGUAUUUCACCUGUCACUACUACGUUCUGAGUUCAAAUUCCGCCGAGGUCAACUUUGCCUUUUGUCCUUUCGGGGUCAAUAAAAUAAGUACCAGUAAAACACUGGGGUCGAUGUAAUCGACUAAUCCCCUCCCCAAAAUGAUUGCCCUUGUGGCAAAAUUAUUAUUAUUAUUAUUAUCUUUUUGUGCAUCAUAUUUUUUUAAAAUUAAUUUUAUAGUGUUUAAUACCAAUUGUAAUUAGUGUGAAUAUUACCAUUCUUGUUAUUUUCCUUCUUCUGUUUAUAAUUACUAUUAUUUUAUGUGAGAACGAACUGGCUGAAUAAUUUGCAUGUCGGACGAAAGGCUUAAAGGCAAUUCUUCCAGUUUUAUAUACUAAGUUCAAAUUCAGCUGCGUUCCUUCCUUCCCGAGUCAUAGACUUCUAGGGCUGGUUUCCUGGUUUCUCUGGUGUGUACCCCUGCUCCCAACAGAAUGCCGGUCUUUUGCAGGGUGUCCUUUUUGACAGCUGGGUGGACUGGGGCAGCGUGAAAUAAAGUGUUUUGCUCAAGAACACAAUGCAUCGUCCGGUCCAGGAAUUGAAACCAUGAUCCUACAAUCGUCAGCAUAACAACCUAACCACUAGGCUACAAGUCGUGAGUCCAUCAUGGGGGUUACUCAUUUACAGCCAAGUGGACUGGGGCAAUUUGAAAUGAAUUGUUUUGCUCAAGAACACAAAGCAUUGUCCGGUCCAGGGAUUGAAACCACAAUCUUACACGCACGAGUCCAACACCUUAACCACUAAGCCAUGCACCUCCACUCCUUUCUGGGUGUGGGUUGUGAAAUAAGUUUGGGGGAGUGGGGUGUUGUCUUAAUCACUUGUUCCCUGUUUGUAAGGUGGUGGCUGCCCCAGCCUGGCCUCAACUCUGAAAGAACAAUAGAGCCAUUUGUUUUUUUAACCUCUUCUAGUUUGCCUGCCUCCUCGGUUCUCUCCUACCUCUGCCUGUUGCUCUACUUAGCUUGCCAGUGCCUCCUCCUCAUUUGCCUGCCUGAUCUGACCACCACCACCAAAAAUGGUUUUGGCAUGGCUGCUUUUUGGUGUUGCUGGUUUGAUGCUGACUUAUUUGACAUUUUCAUGUUUCUCUUUCUUGCUUCUCCCCCUAUCUUACUCUCUCUCUCUCUCUCUCCCCCUUUCUGUUUUUGUCAAUAGUGUUCAACUAACCUUCAGCACACUGUAGGUGCAUAAUGCCACCUUAGUUUCCUCCCCUGUUGUAAUGAGAAGUGGCAGGGGAAGUAAACCUAGAGAAAACGCUGUGUGCUAAAGGUUAAUAAAUUGUAAGAUCUCUCUGUCUCUCACCCUCCUCCCACCACGCCUCCUCCCUCCAUCUCACUCCUUCCACUCUACAAUCUCUUCCUUCCUCCUUCCACCCUCUCUGCCAUCUUUCCCUCUCUACAACUCCUCUCCCCUCCCAUUCCUCCC